UAUAAUAGGUGAUGAAGAUGGGCGGCGCUGGAGGUGUGCGAGAGUUGGACGGUCCGGUGGCGACGGCCGGCACGCCGGGGAGGGAGAAGUCGAAGGAGAGGCGGGGCAGGGCGGGCGCCGUACUCCUCGUCUGCCUGAUGUCGCUGCCGUUCCUCGCGAUCCUCCUCCACGGGCGGGAGAGCGCGGCAACGGUUUGGCGGAGCGCUGGCGCCAAGCUGAGCGCGGCGAUGAGUGAAGGGUGUAUGAACGCUUCUCAUGCCAGCACCAGCACGACGGGUGCAACUACCAAGGCCGACGAGCUCCUCGGCGGCCUGCUCGCGCCCGGCUUCGACCGCCGCGCGUGCCUGAGCCGGUACCAAUCCGCGCAGUACUACAAGUACUUCCCUUACGCGCCGUCCCCGUACCUCCUACACAAGCUGCGUGCCUACGAGGCUCGGCACAAGAAGUGCGCCCCCGGCACGCCGCUCUACGCCAAGUCCGUCGCCCAGCUCCGGUCCGGCCGCAGCACCGAGGCCAUGGAGUGUAACUACCUCGUCUGGCUCCCCUACGAAGGCCUUGGCAACCGCAUGCUGUCGAUGCUCAGCGGCUUCGUCUACGCGCUCCUCACCGACCGCGUCCUCCUCGUUGACUUGCCCCAAGACUCCACCGACCUCUUCUGCGAGCCGUUCCCGGAUACGACAUGGGUGCUCCCGCCGGACUUCCCCGUCGCCAACCUGUUCCGGCUCGGGGUGAACCCCGACCAAUCGUACAGGAACCUCCUCGGCAAGAAGAAGAUCGUGAAGGACCCGGCGAACGCGACGGUGCAGUCCGUGCCACCGUACGUGUACUUGAGCCUGGCGCACAAUAUUGAGUUCAUGGACAACCUGUUCUUCUGCAGCGACGACCAGCUCGUGCUCGCGAAGGUGAACUGGCUGCUGCUGUUCAGUGACCUCUACUUCGUGCCGUCGCUGUACUCGAUGGCAGAGUUCCGGGGCGAGCUCCAACGGCUGUUCCCAGCCAAGGAGAGCGUGUCCCAUCUCCUUGCCCGGUACUUGUUCCACCCUUCCAACACCGUGUGGGGCUUGGUCACGAGGUACUACCACUCGUACCUGGCUCAGGCAAGCCAGAGGAUCGGCGUACAGAUCAGGAUAUUCCCCUUUUCUACCAUCCCGGUCGAUGACAUGUACAACCAAAUCCUCGCGUGCUCCCGGCAGGAGCAUAUACUGCCGGAAAUCGAUGGUGACGAGGCGGCGGUGACCGGCAACCUCAGCACGACGAACGGCGACAAUGGUGCGGCGGCAGCCGGCUCCAAGGCCAUCUUGGUCGCGUCUCUGUACGCCGACUACUACGAGAGGAUCCGGUCGACGUACUACGAGCACGCAGCCAAGGGAGGCGUAAGGGUCGGCGUGUUCCAGCCGAGCCACGAGGAGCGGCAGGCGACGGGGAAGCUGGAGCACAACCAGAAGGCGCUCACGGAGAUCUACCUGCUCAGCUUCUCCGAAGUGCUGCUCACGUCCGGGAUGUCCACGUUCGGGUACAUGAGCAGCAGCCUCGCGGGCCUCCGGCCGACGGUUCUGCACACUGCGUUUCACCACAAGGUUCCCAAGACGCCGUGCAUGCGAGCCGUGUCCAUGGAGCCGUGCAACCUCACGCCGCCCAGCGUGAAAUGCCAGGGCACGGCCGUGGACAAGGACCUGGCCCGGCACGUUAACAACUGUGAGGAUGAUCACAGAGGGAUUAAGUUGUUUGAUUAGGCAUUGUUGAUUUUCCUUCGCUGUUUCUACGAGCUUGAUCUUUUCGAAGAAAGGGACUUGAAUCAAAAGCUACUGA